UUGACUUUAGUAAAGCUGGUUUCAUUUCUGCCUGAGUAUUGAAGGAUGGUUUACAUUCUGUGCUUUCUGCUGUAUUACCAAACAACAAUAUCAGAGCUGGCAGUAAUUCACUCAUUCUUACAUCGUUCUCUGAAACUUCACAGGAAGAUCAACUCAACAGGAUCCAGGUGUGCAACAAUCAACACAACUACUAGUGGAGAAAAUAAAACAUUUAACUGUGAAAAUGGACCAAAGUGGGGGCGUUAUGUAACUGUGUACAAAAACACAUCUGGGUUUGUAAUUCUGUGUGAGGUGAUGAUGAAAGGCAGAAACAAAGAACUUCCCUUUAAACUGAUUAAAGAGAACAAGGCAUGGGAAGACGCCCUGUACCACUGCAGAGAGGAACACAUGGAUCUGGUUUCCAUCCUUGAUAAAGAGACCCAGGGCUGGGUUGGGUUGGAGGCUCAGAAGGCUGACACUCCCUUUGUCUGGCUGGGUCUUCACUACAGCUGCACCCUGGACCUCUGGUUCUGGGCUGAUGAUCAUUGUGUAGAUUUUGAUCAGUGGGCUCCAGACAAGACAAGAACAGCAGACUGUAGCAUGAGUGGUGCCAUGAAUACAAGUGGGAACCAUUUGUGGUACAAGAAGUCUGUUUAUGAUAAAUAUAAUUUCAUCUGUGCAGUGUAAGAAGAUCCAUGGAUUGGUUUAGUUUAUUCAGUUAGACAGGUGUCAGUAGUGGCUUGUUGGGUUUUAGGAAACUUUCCUCUAAAUCAAAGGUGAUGGGUUCAGGCUCAGUGUAGCAGGAAGACAAACAGUGGAGAAAUUAAGCAGAACUUUCAUAUUAACACUGAGAAACAUGUUAUUGUUUAUUUUUUAACAAUCUGUCCUCACUGCCUCCUCUUUGUGUCUGAAGUUACAUCCAGUACAAACUCCUGCUGUAUUUAUUUUGAUAUGAUGGUUAUGUGAAACUAAAAUAAUCAGAGUCUAGGUAUUUCUCACAAAUCUUUAGAUUAUAAAAUAUAUAUUAUUUUCAACUUAUAUAUUCUUUUAUUAAAACAUGAUUUCCUUGUGUCUGUCAUGUGUGAA